AUGGCUUCUCCACUGAAGAAGCUCAUCUCAAGUUUUCUACUGAUACUAUCCUCCUUCACCAUCAUCGUUGCCUCAUCAAACCCACCACCAUGUCGGCGUUAUAAAUCGAUCAUCAGCUUUGGUGACUCCAUCGCAGACACCGGAAAUUACAUUCAUCUCGCAAACGUGAACCCUCCUCCUCAAGCUGCCUUUCUUCCUUAUGGCGAAACCUUCUUUCAUUCUCCAUCCGGCCGUUACUCCGACGGCCGCCUCAUCAUAGAUUUCAUCGCCGAGUUCUUGGGACUACCUUACGUGCCGCCUUACUUCGGAUCCAAAAAUGUGAGCUUCGAUCAAGGAAUCAAUUUCGCUGUCUAUGGAGCAACUGCAUUGGAUCGUGCAUUUCUUUUGGAAAAAGGAAUUACAUCUGAUUUCACAAAUGUUAGUUUAAGUGUUCAACUUAACAUCUUCAAGCAGAUUUUACCAAACCUCUGCGCCUCAACUUCUCGUGAUUGCAGAGAGAUGCUUGGAGACUCACUGAUACUCAUGGGAGAGAUUGGAGGCAACGACUUUAAUUACCCAUUCUUUGAAGGCAAAAGUCUCAAUGAUAUCAGAGAACUUGUUCCUCUAGUCAUCAAAGCUAUAUCUUCUGCUAUCGUGGAUUUGAUUGAUUUGGGAGGGAAAACAUUUCUUGUGCCUGGAAACUUCCCACCUGGAUGUUCCACGGCGUAUCUAACUCUAUUUCAGACCGAUAAAGAAGAAGAACACGAUCCUGUCACCGGUUGUCUCCCAUGGCUCAACGAAUUCGGAGAGCAGCAAAAUGAACAGCUUAAUGGAGAACUCCAACGACUCCGAAAGCUCUACCCUCAUGUCAACAUCAUUUACGCCGACUAUUACAACUCUAUGUACCCGUUUUUCCAAGAACCAGUCAAAUACGGGUUUAAGAGACCUUUGGCUGCUUGUUGUGGAAUCGGAGGUAAAUACAACUUCACUAUUAACCAAGAGUGUGGUAACAGAGGAGUUAGCUCUUGUCAAAAUCCUAGUGAGUAUGUGAAUUGGGACGGUUAUCAUUUAACCGAAGCAACGUACCGGAAGAUGGCUCAUGGUAUACUCAACGGUCCUUACGCAAUUCCUGCUUUCGACUGGUCUUGCCUUAGCUCUGGAUCAGUGGAUAAUCAGUAUUCCUUGAGUGGUUAA